AUGAAAAGUCACGUGAGAGGUCACGUGAGAGGGAGCAGGCAGAGGGAGCAGGCAGAGGGAGCAGGCAGAGGGAGCAGGCAGAGGGAGCAGGCAGAGGGAGCAGGCAGAGAGAGCAGGCAGAGAGAGCAGGCAGAGAGAGCAGGCAGAGAGAGCAGGCAGAGAGAGCAGGCAGAGAGAGCAGGCAGAGAGAGCAGGCCGAGAGAGCAGGCCGAGAGAGCAGGCAGAGAGAGCAGGCAGAGAGAGCAGGCAGAGAGAGCAGGCAGAGAGAGCAGGCAGAGAGAGCAGGCAGAGAGAGCAGGCAGAGAGAGCAGGCAGAGAGAGCAGGCAGAGAGAGCAGGCAGAGAGAGCAGGCAGAGAGACCAGGCAUAAGUCACGUGGAAGCCAUUGGAAUGCCAUUGGAAUCAAUGUUAAAUUGAGCAGGAUUCAAAAGUGCCAGCCAGGUGGACAUUCUCUACUACUGGCAGUUCAUAAAUGAAACAGACUUGAGUCUAAUGGAUGCAGAUACGCUUUCGGAAGAUCCAAUAGUCAUUAACAAAGCACCUUUUAAAGAAUUGGAGUCAACCUAUUACAAUUCAAUUGUCAAUGAAUCAGUUCUUUCUUGGGAUAUGAAAAAAGUAUCAGAAGCUA